AUGGGAAGUCUUAUCUCGCCAUCAGCACUACUGGAUAGUCUUCACUCGCCACUGACCCCGCCUUUGGAUAAUUCCACCCCGCCUUCGGAUAAUUUCACCCCGCCAUCGAUCUCGCCAACGGGUAAUCCCUCUUCGCCCAAACAGGUGAUAGCUACUCCUGAACUUGGUUUCAGCUUGUCUCAACUGGUGAAAAAUACUUUUCAACCGGUGAAAACUCCCGAGUUGCUUCAAACGGAGAAAGAUGGUUCCAAGUUGGUGAAAGAUACUUUUCAACCGGUGAAAACUACCCCCGACUUGCUUCAAUCGCCAAAGGAUAGUCUCAAUAAAAUUUCGUCAUCGGGCUCUUCAGAUAGUAGCAUCUCCCCGCCGAACUCUAUUUCAAAGCCAUCGAGUCUGCCAAAUGUAGGUCCCCUCACGCCCUUAGUGCCUUUGUCACCAGUGAGCACGCUGGUUGUUCCAACAAUUCCUCCAGCGCCAUCGGAUCUCUCGAAAGGUAACCUUUUCUCGCCGGCCCUGUCACACCCAAAGAAAAUUGAUUCAUCACCUUUAGCGGAAGAUGGUCUGCUGCCUUUAGCCAAUGAGGAUUUGUUAUCAAAAUCUUCCUCGAUUAAGAUACCAGACCCGAACAAGUUAUUGCGAAUUGAGAAACCAAUCACCGCUCUGAUUGUGAAGAAACCGAUCGAUUCUGAUGAUGAGAUUAGCGAUGCUAUCGAUAUUGUGUCUCGCGUGCCUGUGCCGAAAGUACAUGGAGCUACGAAGUCACCUCUUGCCAUCGAAACGAACCCUGUUAUCGAGGAUGAAACCUACAUCGAGAACGGUCAGGAUGCAUUGGAGCAGAAGUAUCAAACCCAGUCAGAUGUGGUCAUGUACGAUGCAUCUGCCAAGCCGAUCAUAGCCAGCAUUAGCGAUUCGUAUGAUCCAUUUGCAAUCCCGGACGAUAUUAUCGAGACUGAGAAGGCAGUUGUGUUGGACUUCGCGGGAGGCACCAAUGGAGACGGAUCUGAUAACUUGAUGACGUAUGUGCGAGGAAAGGCGGUCGCACCUGACAAGAUUACUUCUGGGGGUCCCAGCGUGAUUGGUGGUCGAAAUACUUAUGUGGACACGAAUAACAGCGAUGUGCUGUCAUCGUCAGCCGCGACUUUCCACGAAUUCUUGCGUUUCGCGUCGGUAGCAUUUGCUGGUAUUUCGGUGGCAUUGCUUCUUUUCUUCCACUUCGUUUCCCUCGACGCCAACUUGUUGUGGGUCAAUGCCGCGUGGAGCCCGAAUACAUGGGAGUUUCUUUUUUACGUGGGCUAUUUGCAGCAAAUGCAGGCAACGUCGGAGCUGACGCUUUUCAAGACUCCAUACUUUGUGUGGGACUACACGGACUCGUUUGCAUGGAGCAACUUCUUGAUUCAAGGCUCUACCAGUGAUUCAACCGAGCCUCGUCGACUGGAAACAAUUGUGCUUGGUGGCCUUGUAUCGUACUCUGACCGUAUUGGCAUUCCCGAGGCGAACAUUCUGGUACAAGGUGCCAUUGGUUUUGCUGUGAUAAUGGGCAUCCUUGUGGCGGUCUUUUUGGUGUUAGCUGUGCUAGCCAAGCGGAAGGCGGAGCGAGCCCUGGACGAGUCCUCCGAUUUAAACAGCUACACCUCCGGUGUACACCGCCUCCGCAGCGUGUCCAUCCGUGCUCUUGGAUUGUGCGUGUUGGCUUGGUACUUCGCUCUUUUUCCGCUAAGCAUGCUGGCGUCGUUCGAGAUUUCGAUGGAAAAGCAGGCAUCGUCAGUGGGCGACGCGCUUGUGGUGGCCAUCAUUGCGCUAGUGCUGGUGUGCUUUGGUGUGCUGGCUGUUGCUGGUCGUGUGAUUAUGCACAAGACCAAGGAUGAGCUAGAGCAGUUUGAGAACUUAGCCACGUGGGGGUCGCUCUAUUGCGAGUACACAUACCGCAGCCGAAUGUUUUUCGUGAUUGAUGUGGUAGUGCAGAUCACGACAGGUAUUCUCGUGGGCUCCGUAUCGGGUGACCCUACGCAGCUUAUUGUUGUCACGGGUAUCCAAGCAUUGUACCUUGCGUGUGUUUUCAUCAUGUCACCUUUUGCAGAAAUUUUGGUGCUUCGAAUCACAUAUGCGCUGGGUCUGCUCAAAAUCCUGAAUUUUGGUCUAGCGUUUGCAUUCCUGAAUACGAACAGUAUGUCGGCCUCGGCUCGAAUGCGCGUGGCCCAUGCUUACAUCGGCAUCAAUUCGAUUGUAAUUCUAGUCUGGUUCUUACGUCAGCUCAUUGUCUUUAGCACGUACAUUCGCGCUUGGAUGGUGCGUUCUAACGACAACUCGCGCCACAGCAACUCGGUGUUCAAGUACAAUCCGCGGACGGAGACGGAGUCCGACAUGUGGGCCAGCCAGUUUAAUGGCUUCAAUGACAGCAGACUGAAUGAUAGCAGGCUCAAUCCAUCUGUGAAUGGUGCCACACUAUCGAUGCCUCCGGGUUCUUCGGUACAGUCGAUGCAUUCGUCAGAACCGAGUAAUUUGUCUGCAAAUUUCAUGCCGACGCACAAUCUCGUGUCUUCGCAGCAGUCGAUGAUACCAUCAUUCGGUUCGGAAGCGCAGUUCCAGCAGCAGAUGGCUCGCAAGUACGAGAUUGGUUUUUAA